AUGCCGUGGCGCAUGCGCAGUAGUCCCUCGCCGGAACACAUGCUGACGAAAUCCAGCGGCGGCCGCGGCGUGUGUGAUCCAGGAGAGGCGGACGCAGGAGACAGGACAGGAUGCCAGCAUUAAGUUGUCGGUUCUACCAGCACAAGUUUCCAGAGGUGGACGAUGUGGUCAUGGUUAACGUCCGGUCCAUCGCAGAGAUGGGAGCCUAUGUCAGCCUCUUAGAAUAUAAUAACAUUGAGGGUAUGAUCCUCCUUAGUGAGCUCUCCAGAAGGCGCAUCCGCUCCAUCAACAAGCUUAUUCGUAUUGGCAGGAAUGAAUGUGUCGUAGUGAUAAGAGUUGAUAAAGACAAAGGGUACAUAGAUUUGUCUAAAAGAAGAGUUUCACCCGAAGAGGCACUAAAAUGUGAAGACAAGUUCACCAAAUCUAAAACUGUUUACAGCAUUUUGCGCCACGUGGCAGAGGUGUUAGAAUACACAAAGGAUGAGCAACUAGAAAGCUUAUUUCAAAGGACGGCGUGGGUGUAUGAUGAAAAAUACAAGAGGCCGGGAUAUGGAGCCUACGACGCAUUUAAGCAAGCUGUCUCGGACACAUCUGUUCUGGAUGGGCUGGAUUUAAUAGAAGAGGAAAGAAGAGUCCUGAUUGAUAAUAUUAAUAGACGUCUCACUCCACAAGCUGUAAAAAUCAGAGCGGAUAUAGAAGUUGCUUGCUAUGGGUAUGAAGGCAUUGAUGCAGUGAAAGAUGCAUUGAGAGCAGGACUUAGUUGUUCAACAGAAAUCAUGCCAAUAAAGAUAAAUCUGAUUGCUCCCCCUCGUUACGUGAUGACAACUACGACCUUGGAAAGGACGGAAGGGCUGUCUGUGCUCAAACAAGCCAUGUCUAUCAUCAAAGAGCGGAUCGAGGAGAAGAGAGGAGUGUUCAACGUCCAAAUGGAGCCCAAGGUAGUAACAGACACGGAUGAGACAGAGCUGGCCAGGCAGCUGGAGCGACUGGAAAAGGAAAAUGCUGAAGUGGAUGGAGAUGACGACGCAGAUGAAAUGGAAGCAAAAGCAGAAGAUUAAUAUACAUACAUACAUACAUACAUACAUACAUACAUACAUACACACCCAGCCAUAACAAAAUACAAAAACAGGCCGUAUCUUAACAUACAAUAUUUUUAUUUUCUCUGCCCCUAAAUGACAUUUUUACUCAAAUGUUCCAAUUGUAACGCUUUAUUUUGGUUGUAUGCAAAUGACAUAUCUAUUAAACAUGUCUUGUGUACAUUCAUUA